AUGACGUCCGAGUCGCCAACGCACCUCGGAGCCCUCUACGACAUGAGCAUCGCCACUGCGAGCAACGACAUAGCAAGUGACAAGCCGCAACAGAAAACCAAGCGCCGCAUGCCUCAUUGCGAGCGCACCCGGAAAAAAUCUGCCGAGCGUCACCGACUCCGUCGACUGGCUGCCGAGGGACAGCAGCGAUGGCUGCAGGCUGCCGUCGCACGGAGAGCUGCGUUGAUCGACGACCUCGUGACUUUGGUGCAGCAGCAGAUUCGAACCAUAACGCUGGUUACGGCUCAGUCUCAAGGCCUAUACGACGGCUUUUUCGUCCAGCCAAACGACGAGCUCCGCUACGCCAUGUCCCUCUGCGAGAUCGGCAAAGUCUACCAACAAACGGACGUUGUCUUCCGAGACCCAACGGAAGAUCCCAUCGAGUUUCACCAUUGGAUGACGACGGACCAGGGGACGGCGUUUAUGGAGUUCGGCUGGAGAAGGCACUUCCCGUUCAGCUUUGAUCGCACUCGCGACUCCAUGUGGCUGCUGGCGCGCCUCGUCAACCGCCACGAGCAGAGGGAGACGUACGACGAGGUCGAAGACCCGGACAACACCAUCGCCGUCAAGCUUCGAGUGACUAGCGCUGAGUCCGAAGGGGAACGCGCGUCGGUGGUCCAACGCUUCGUCCACCGGCGCUUCAUAAGAAACGAUGGCAUGGUGUUCGUCUGGAGAGCGUCGAUCAUAGGCGACGGCGCGUUCCGAGGCAUGCAGAUGGACGAAACGGGCUGGGGCAUGGUGCUGCCGUCGGCCAGUGGCGAAGGAACCUUUUCGCAGAUUUGUUUUCGGCAAGUCCCGCUCCACCUCAACAGCGCACAAGCUCCUCCUGCGUCUCUAGCGGACCAGUUUGAAAACUUUGUCCUGGCCAUGAGUCGAGAAAACAUGCAGGAGGUGGAGGACGUUGCCGAGAAUAUGCUGCUUGACGACGCACUCAAGGGGCUGCAUUGGAAGGCGUCCAUGUGA